AUGAACUCCUUUGACGCGCAACCGCCAAGAGCUUCGAGCGAUCCCUACUUUGAUCUGGGAACACUGACUCGCAAAGUCAGUACCAAUUCCCAAGAAGCCCAGAUAUGGUUCGACAGAGCGCUUGUCUGGACAUAUUGCUUUAAUCAUGAUGAAGCAAUUGCCUGUUACAAGCAGGCAAUCGCGCACGACGAGAACUGCGCCAUGGCCUAUUGGGGGAUAUCUUUCUGCUCAGGCUCCAAUUACAACAAAACAUGGGCGUUGUUCGACGAAAGAGAUAAGCUCAAUGCGAUUAAUCAGUGUUAUAUAUUUUCUCAAGAAGCGCUGAGGCGGGCAAACAAUGCAUCAGAUUGGGAGCAAGCGCUUAUCAAGGCUCUCACAAAGCGUUACCCCAAUGAUGAUGCAGGUAGGGAUCUUGCCGGAUGUAGCCGAGCGUACGCCGACUCUAUGAGAGAGGUAUAUGCGAGUUUCGGACGCGAAGAUUUCGACAUUCUCACACUCUUCGCCGAUGCAUUGAUGAAUUGUGCUCCACGAAAGUUAUACGACGCCUCCACGGGGCUUCCGAUACCAUCUUCCCCAGUGUUCGAAGUGAAAGAUCUGCUCGAUCGGGCCUUGAAGAUGCCGAAGGUCGAACUACAUCCAGGUCCCGCGCAUAUGUAUAUCCACCUGAUGGAAAUGUCGGCGACUCCCGAGGCUGCUUUGCCGGCAGCAGAGAUGAUCCGCGAAAUGUUUCCCGAUACAGGUCACACCUUCCACAUGCCUGCCCAUAUCGAUGUUCUUGUGGGAGAUUAUCGUCGCGCAGUGGAAUACAAUCUGAAAGCGACCGUCGCAGAUGACAGAUACUUUGAAAAGAAUGGCGGCUUGACAUUCUACAGCUACUACCGUCUACACGACUAUCACUCCCUCAUCUAUGCCGCGAUGCUUGGUGGGAAAUCAAAGGCAGCAUUAUCAGCGACAAAUAGAAUGGAGGCGACUAUUACAGAAGAGAUUCUUCGGGUCGAAACACCUGCGCUUGCAAACUGGAUGGAAUUCUUCAAGGCUGUUAGAGUUCAUGUGUUUAUUCGCUUUGGAAUGUGGGAAGAGCUCAAGAAACUCGAACCACUGGAAGACAAGCAUCUUUAUUGUGUCACAAAUGUUAUGAGACACUAUGGAAAGGCUAUCGCGUAUGCAGCCACAUCUGAGCUUGAAAAAGCCGACAAGGAGCGAGAACUUUUCAAAUUAGCUUCUAGGCUUGUCCCCUCCACACGCCUCGACUUCCCCAACAAGAUCACCGACAUUCUCAAAGUAGCGUCUGCUAUGCUGGACGGCGAAAUUGAGUAUAGAAGAGGCGAUUAUGAUGAAGCAUUCUGCAGGUUACGGGAGGCUAUUACCCUGGAAGAUGAGCUGCCUUUCGCAGAGCCAUGGGGGUGGAUGCUUCCAGCUCGGCAUGCAUAUGCAGCUCUCUCAUUGGAACAGUGUAGAGUUGAGCAAGCUGCACAGGCUUACGCGGAAGAUUUGGGACUCUCCCCAACACCCAAACGUGCCCAUCAACACCCGAAUAAUGUUUGGGCUCUGCAUGGCUAUCACGAAUGCCUUCAACUUUUGGGUCGCCACGCGGAGGCAAAUAUUAUCAAGAAGCAACUUUCCCUUGCUCUUGUGGAGGCGGACGUUGAAAUCACAUCUUCAUGCUUUUGCCGACUUGGGCAAUUGCCUUCGUCCUGUGGAAAGCCCAAAGUGAAUAGUUGCCACAGUGUAGAAUCUAUGUGUAGAAGCUAG